UCUAAAUUUUCGCAAAUUUUACGUAGCUCCGUAUACUACUUAAAAACUCGGUUUAAAAUGGCUACAGCAGUAUUACCAGCAAGACAUGACUCUUAUGAAAGUUACUACAGUGAAGAAGAAGAUGACAACAGAAUAAGAAGCACUGUAACAGCUUUAAAACAACCAGAGAAAAGAAAGAGAUCACCAUCACCUGACACAAGAGAAGAUGCAUCAAGAGAUGAUGAUGGUGCCAGUGAGUGGGUGGAGAAGAAGAGAAAGAAAGACGAUGACUCCAUUCUAACAAAGACAGGCGGAGCUUAUAUCCCACCAGCUAGACUAAGAAUGAUGCAAGCACAGAUAACAGACAAGACCAGUGCCCCAUAUCAAAGAAUGGCUUGGGAGGCUCUUAAAAAGAGUAUUAAUGGUCUCAUUAACAAGGUCAACAUAUCAAAUAUUGCUGACAUUGUGAGAGAAUUGUUCCAGGAGAAUAUUGUGCGUGGGCGAGGAUUAUUGGCACGAUCAGUAAUAUCAGCUCAGUCUGCCUCGCCUACUUUUACUCACGUCUAUGCGGCACUGGUGGCUAUAAUUAAUACAAAGUUCCCUCAGAUCGGAGAACUCAUUGGAAAGAGACUCAUCAUUACCUUUCAGAGGGCGUUUAAAAGGAACGACAAGAAGAUUUGUUUAUCAUCAGUGAGAUUCAUAGCCCAUUUGGUCAACCAACAGGUUGAUAUGCUUUAUGAGUUAGAGAAUGACCUGAAGGAGCUCUCAUUUUAUGCAGUUGAAACUAACGACACGAUUGAAAUUCACACCAUUUAA